AGCCAUUGUUGGCCCCCCCAGUAGCGCUCAUUGGCAACUGGCACGUGCCGCAACCACCGCGGCUUAGGUCGACCCAGGGGCAGCAUGGCUGACCGCAAAGCGGUCAUCAAGAAUGCGGACAUGGCUGAGGACAUGCAGCAGGACGCGAUCGACUGCGCCACCCAGGCGCUGGAGAAGUACAACAUCGAGAAGGACAUCGCGGCCUUCAUAAAGAAGGAGUUUGACAAGAAGUACAAUCCGACGUGGCACGCUAUCGUCGGCCGCAAUUUCGGUUCGUACGUGACGCACGAGACGAAGCACUUCAUCUACUUCUACCUCGGCCAGGGACGGCUACGGCUUCUAUUGCCCCCUCACUUUCGCCGGGCUUCCAGCCAGGUCGCAAUCUUGCUGUUCAAGUCUGGCUGAGCGCGAGCCUGCUGCCAGCGGGACGGCCCGUGCCAAGGGAGCAAGGGAGCCAACGGAUCAACCACGACCUGGGCGAAAAAGGAAGGGUGUGUUUGACUUGAACGCGAAAAUACUUCGCACGCCGUAUUGCCCACGCCUGUUUUCCAGGUGCGAAAGCAUCGGCUCUGUGGAAUUCGACUGCAUGCAGACCAUGACCCGAGCAUUCGAGACGAGAAAUUGCACAGGCAAGCAAGGUGUGUAGAUCUGUGGUGAUGCUGAGGAUCAAGUCGAUGGCGACGUGCAGACUGAGUACAGUUCUCCUCAUGCAUAGCCUUGCGCUCUCAUACGUAGUUCGUGCCUGGCCGAGUGUUCACGUUUCGGCGGUGGGGAUGCUUUGAAGGCUCGUCUGUCAGAGUGUGUCUAGGCGCCUGCCGCAAGUUCUGCCACCGUGCCCGCGCAGCAUUCGGUGGAGCGACCAUUCGAGAACCGUCAAGGAGUCUGUAGCAGUGACUGGUCUCGUCCAUACUGGAGGUUGCAAUGGAGGGCUUUGACAUCUGAUGCGCUCUUUCGCAGGCUCGGGAAGGCCGUCACGUGCGAUGUCAUUCUUCCCCACAUCCAUGUGGUUCGUGCCAUGUAGCGCUUGCUCUUCCAUCGCAGAGAAAGGCCAUGAAGCGUGG